AUGGGCGCAAUGAAGACAACAAUGUCGCCAAGUCCUACGAGCCCUGGCACAUGGCAGACUCGAGUCACUAAUAUCAAUCGACGGCAUUGUCAACGAGCCGUUCCUAUGCGAGUUCUCGUGCUGGGCUUGAGUCGAACAGGGACGAACUCCCUAAGGAUCGCACUUGAACAACUUGGAUAUACAUCUACCGACCAUGGGUUCGCAGCAACGCUUGAGAAUACCCGAGACUGUGAGAUGUGGCUAGCAGCGCUGCGAGCCAAAUUUGAGGGUACAGGCCAGUCGUUCCGCCGUAGCGAGUUCGAUCAAGUUUUAGGACAUUGUCAGGCUGUCACGGAUAUUCCAGCUGCAUGUUUUGCCGCCGAGCUGAUCAGGGCAUACCCCGAAGCAAAAGUGGUCCUUACAAAUCGUGAUGUUGAUGACUGGCAGGCCUCCGUGAUGCAAACCCCGAUCCCACAAAUCUACAGUCCAUACGGCGCGUUCAUAGCUCUGCUUGCCACACUCUGCAGAAGCCAUAGUCGCUGGAGCCGUUCCACCUUCAUACUCAUAUUCGAGAGAUUCUACCAAGGCUUUGCACAGAAUGGGAAGGCCGUAUACCAGGCGCAUUAUAAGUCCAUCAGGACGAUGGUGCCGAAGGAACGAUUGCUGGAAUAUCAUGUCAAAUAUGAUCCGUUUCCGAGUGGCAAUGAGGGAGAAGUGACGCAGAGACUAAUCGCGGAAUUGGUUGCGGUUGAAGCCAGGCAGGCUUUCAGAAGGAUUGCUGUAGCUGGGCUUCUGUUGUUCGGUGGGUACUUCACAUGGCUUGCGAUGGCCUGGGUGGCCACAUAG